AAGCAGCGUGCGGCUUUCAGAUCUACAGUAUAAAUAGGUUCGCCCGGCCGAAGCUCGUCGCCCUUACAUCUCUCUUUCGCCAAAGUGGGGAUUACGGGAUCGGGCGGUGGAGCGCAUGACUAAGCGGAGGCAGUGCGGGUCGGAAUCCUCGCCGGCGAGAGUAUCUUCUAAACCGGCGGAGGGUCCGCGGUCAGACAGGCCUGUGCGCGUGUACGCUGAUGGAAUCUAUGAUCUGUUUCACUUCGGGCAUGCCCGGUCUCUGGAACAGGCGAAGAAAUUGUUUCCCAACACAUACUUGCUUGUUGGGUGUUGCAAUGAUGAAAUUACACAUAGAUACAAGGGGAAGACCGUCAUGACUGAGGCUGAGCGUUAUGAAUCCCUCCGCCACUGCAAAUGGGUUGAUGAGGUUAUUCCUAAUGCUCCAUGGGUUAUCACAAAAGAGUUCAUGGAAAAGCAUAUGAUCGAUUAUGUGGCCCACGACUCACUUCCGUAUGCCGAUGCAAGCGGAGCUGGCAACGAUGUUUAUGAAUUUGUUAAAGCCAUUGGAAAAUUCAAAGAAACAAAGCGCACUGAUGGAAUAUCCACAUCUGAUGUUAUCAUGAGGAUUCUCAAAGAUUACAAUCAGUAUGUUAUGCGCAAUUUGGCACGUGGAUAUACGAGGAAGGAUCUUGGUGUGAGUUAUGUGAAGGAGAAGCAACUAAGAGUCAAUAUGGGUAUAACUAAAUUGCGUCAGAAAGUCAAGGAGCAUCAGGAAAAGUUUCAUACGGUAGCAAAGACAGCAGGGAUUGUUCACAAUGAAUGGUUGGAGAAUGCGGAUCGCUGGGUUGCAGGUUUUCUUGAAAAGUUUGAGGAGGGCUGUCAUAUCAUGGAAACUGCAAUCAAAGACCGAAUUCAAGAGAGAUGGAGACCCAAAUCACUUCCUCAAGAACAAUUAGUAUCAUGAUAUUGCCCACUUUGGCAUUGUCAUAUGGAAGUAUUUCGUUUUUUGGGGACGGGAUUCGAGCCCGGAUGAGAUGGGAGGAAUUUCUUCCGUCGACCACUGGCCGCAGACCCGAUCUCUAUGGAAGUAUGUCUUGCUUGCUUCUUUCUUCUUUUAUUCUAUUUUUUGUUGCAAAAGGAAGAGAUCAUCAGAUCAUAGCUAUUAUAUCGCCAACUUAAUGUCAUUGUUUACGGAGUACCGUUUACAUUCUGGCUGUACAAGUUCUUUCUGAAUUUUUUGCUCAUAGACUUGUCCUUAUUUUGAAGAAAAUCAUUUCUGUAAAUCAUAGUGGAUUUCGUGAAA